CGGGAGGACAAGGAGGAAAAGGAGAAGGAGGAGGAGGAGGAAGAAGAAGAAGAAGCAGAGGAGAGGCUAUUAGGAUGAAGAGGAGUGGGCGAGCUCCUGAAGUAGGAGGAGGAAAAAGACGAAGAGGAGAGGAUAUCAGGAAGAAGAGGAGUGGGCGAGCUCGUAGAUUAUUAUCCUCCAUCCCGACGGCCAAGGGAGGGUGCUUAGUAGGGUGGAGAAACCAAAACAGAUGCGGCUGGGUAUGAAAGGACAUGUCAAGCUGGAGAGUUUCAAAGAAGAAGAACAAGAAGAAGAAGAACUGGAAACUUGUGUGUGGAAAGGAGGGUGGGGGGGGGGGAGUUGAACCGGGGUGGAUAUUAAAAUGUGCGAGAUAGUGGGGACCACAUCUUUCCAGUCUGGCUGAGCUAAAACAGGCUUUUUUGCUCAAGGCACCACUUGUCAGUUUUUUCUUUACAUUAUUAGUUAACCUGCCCAAAACCCUCCCUAUUAAUUUCUCUCUUUUUUUCCCAAGAGGGUGACAUUCUUACGAUCUCAUUCGUGAAGGUGAGCGGCCCUAGGUAAUCCAGCAGCAAUUCAGUUCAUCUAGAUUUGUCUGGAUUCGAGCUCAGCUGCCGCAGGUCUGUAGUUUCAACAGUUUAUAGGUGUACCAACUGGGUUGAGCCCGCUGGUUAAACCCCUGACUCGCAAAAAAAAAUAAAAUCCUGACUCACUCUUUCGUUCCCGACGUGUCACCCACCGGACCCUUAUUCAACCCCUCUUCAAUGGCUUCCACCCAACCGACGAGCUCUCCCACAACUUCCACCUACACCGUCUCCGUGCCGGGCAGCUACGGCUGGCAGCUUCUGUUGGAGAUGGACAAUACAACAGGCAAAGAAUACGUCACGGAGCACACUGUGGCCACGAGCAUGCAUAUCUCUCGAAGAUCUGCAGUCGCCAAGAUCAUCCGAACGCUUCGGGAAGACAACAAGGAGUUCCGAUCGAGGACGGAAGCCGUUGGUUCGUUGAGAUUUGUGGACUUCACGUCGCAGUUUGAAACUGGGUUCAUCCAACAUAACUCUCUUCUCGCCGAGCUGAGCAUGCACGACGAGGAAGACUUUGAAAUGGACAAAAAUCAAUAUGUUUCGGAAAAGAUAACUGUGCCGGCUGGUGAAAGGUUUACCCUAUAUCAGCUUCGCUUCGACGGACUGGGUUCUUCUGCGGUUUUCAACACCAAAAGCAGUAGCCCCCGGACUAUACCUGCUGGGCGCAUCGAAUGCAUGGUCGAGGUGGAGGCUGUUCCGCCUGGUCCCCCGCCUGCGGCGCCUGGGCCCAUUCCAGAAGGAAAGUACGCUCUCCGAACCUAUCAUGGAACCUUCGUCAGUGCCAAACCAGGAGGAGAAGGGGCCUCUGUUGACCUUCAAGCUAGCUGUGGUGGUUUCGAGGAGUGGACGUUGGUCCGUAUUCGCGGAAGCAUUUAUGGACUUCGGUCUUGUCAUGGGACCUACCUCCGAGCCUGGCCCGGAGGAGAAGGCGCUAAACUGGACCUGCAGGUCGACAAACAUAAUUGGGAUGCAAUGGGUUGGGAACAAUUCACGAUCGUUCCGAUAACGAAGGAUCGAUUUGGUAUUCGCUCAUGCCAUGGCACCUACAUCCGCGCCUGUCCAGAGGGUAAGCUGGAUCUGCAGGUGGACAAACACAAUUGGGCAUCGAUGGCGUGGGAGCACAUUGCAUUCCAGGACCUGCAGAUCUAGUUCCCUUUGCUUCCCUUCGCUUCUUUUCGGUCACGCAUCUUUCACAGACCUCCAGAGUUGGGAAACGGUGUCUGUGUUGGAAGCAAGAGUUGGGACCCAACUCUUGCUAAGGUAAGGUUAAAAAAAAAAAAAAAAAAAAAAAGGUAAGGUUACUAAGAGACUUAGAAUGAACCGAACUCUCAUGAAGAAGGUGGUUACGAAAUAACUCUUGAAGAAAAAACUAAGGUUGGGAGAAAAAGGGUUAAGCCACCACCCAGCAGGACUUGCUCAACUUCAAGUCGUGCUCGUUAACAAGCCACAAUGUUUGGAAACGUACGGACCACUACAGGAGCGGUCAAAUUCAUCCGAGUAGAAACGUUUCCACCGCUGAUAGCUGGGCCAAGUACUGGCGGUUUGUAAGAUAAAGGUUAUGUUAGGAA